AUGUCAGGAGACAUAUUCCAGCCAAUGGAAAACCCUGACGAACCAAGCCAGCCUGCGACUCGGAACCCACUACUUUGUUAUCUGUGCAAUGAGCCUUAUAGAGAGCCAUGCAUCUUUGGAUGCUUUCAUAGCUUCUGUUCUCAAUGCUUGCUUGGCCGUGCAGCAGAAGGCAAAAUGUCUUGUCCACUUUGUGGUUAUGUGCAUACAUUAAAAGAUGGUGCCUCUUUGCCACCCCCUGACCUCCUGCUGAAGUUCAUGGUGGAGUCAACAACGGAGGAGAGGGCGCUGUGUGCUAACUGUGAUUCAACAUCAGCCCAAAUGUUUUUCUGCAACACCUGUAUGCAGCCGUUAUGUAGCCAAUGUCGUGAAGAAACACAUCGCGCCAAGAUGUUCUCGGCGCAUGACAUGGUGUUGCUGACAAAGCGAGCUCGAGAAGUGCACAAGAAAUGUCUUCUUCAUGAAGAGCCAUACAUCAUGUUCUCGUCAGAGAAGAAGAUCAUGCUUUGUAUUAAUUGCUUCCGAGACAUGCGAAUUGAGAGUCGAGGACAUUGUUUAGACUUGGAGACUGCUUAUAAGCAGAGCUGUAAGAAGCUGGAUUUGAGAGUUCAGGCUUUCAGGGAGUUGCAGAAUUCAGUCCGUGAGGGCAUUUUGCUAUUUAGGACCCUGUUGGAAGAGAUCAAAGUCAAUGCAGACAAGGAGAGGGCUGUCAUAGAAGAGCUGUAUCUUAGUCUGUUAGAGAGGCUGACAGAGACCAGGAAUCUGUUACUGCAGAAAGUCAGCAGUCAGUACAGUGAUAAAGAGGCAGCGUUCAGAUCACAGCUGAAGUCGCUGUCUGCUCUUCUGCCAACCCUGCAUGUCCAUCUCGUUAUCUCAAGUGCUUUCUCUGGAUCCGCAAACAAGUUUGAAUUCCUGGACCUGGCAUAUGUGUUGAUCGAGAGGCUGAAGUCAAUAGUACAGAAGCAGCAUCCGCUGCACCCAACACAAAGUGGCCAGAUAGAUACAGCAUGCAAGUCUGAGUUCUUCAAAAGCAUUGAGCCACUUUUGUACAUGCCCUUACAGAGAAAUACUCUCAGCUCUGCAGCUACAAAUAGCAUGAAUGGAAUCAACACAGGGACCUCUUGCCCUGGAAGUCCUGUCACCCACAGACUGACCCCCAGCCACGCCAGGCGCACUAAUGGGCUCAAUGGAGCAAAGGUCAAAUUUAUCGAUGCUAAGGGUCAGUUUGCUGAACACUGCAGGGAGUUUGAGAAUGCUCACCGGGAUCUGCUGCAGAGGUUCGAACAGAUGAAGAGCCAGUGUCAGGAGCUGCAGAGGGACCUGACCAUGCGGCGUUGUCUGGCCAAGAGGGAUGAGGUCUUCAAGUUGACUGUUAGAAUUGAGAAUGUACAGAACCAGCUGGAGUUGCACUACAACACGCUGGAGCAGAAAAUACCCUUGUUAGAGAAGCACUGGGAGGAAAGCCUGGAGAGAAUCAACAAUGAACAAGAUUUAUAUCAAGCUCAGCUGCAGGAUGUGAUGAGACUCAAGCACGAGAGUCAGCACUUGAAGGUUGUGGUCUCUCAGCUGACCUCAUUUGUCAAUUCCAUUGCUGCACUCACAGAGAGGCUGGCGCCAAAGCUUGGACAGUCCAACCAGACGAUGGAGCAAGAACAGUGUAUGGCUUCACUCCUGGAAGAGAUUAGCGCGGUGCAGCCAGACAGUCAGCAGAGGGUUGAUGCCAUUCGAGGAGCAGAGGAAGAAAGACAGACCAGUCUGGCUAAUCGAACAAAUCCUCUCGACAACGAGCUCAUCAAAACGAAAGGGCUGCUCAGAGCCCCCUCACUCCGAGACACGAAAGUAGAGAGAAAGAAAAGAGCAGAAGAAGGGGACAGUACGCCAGCCUAUCCUUCGACCGGACUUGGAGAAACAGAGUCCCAACCACCGCAACACGAGGUCAGCAACGAUAUGAGUAGAUUAAACGAAUCUCCAAGGCUUUUACUGGCGGCGCUACACAGCUGUAGUAAACCAGACACGUCUGAUGUUCAGUCACCAGGCUGCGGCAGGCCUGAAGGUCCCCACCCCGUCAACACACUCUCACCCACCACUAUCAACGGCCAUGUUGAUGAUUAUGUUUCCAUUACCUUGAGCAGACAAUCAAGCACCGAAUAUAUCACUGACACAGCAGUUUUAACCAAGUCUCCGAAAAGUGUGAUCCCAGAUGCAACAGCAUUCCCAUCACCAGUGUCAGGUGGUGAUGAUCAGAACAAUGUAGUGGUCCGGAGGCAACGGAGGACAAGGGAUAACACACCGAGGAAAGAAAAUAGAUCGUCUGUGGAAAUUGACAGUGAAGCCAGAAGAAACUUGCUGAAAGAUGUUGAAAACUUCAAGAAGAGAGAUUCUCUGACGUCUCCAAAGAAAGCAACUAAUAGUGGAGACUGUUCUUAG